GGGGAGCCCAUCAUGUUCCUAGCAGGCCUUGGUGAGAGGUAUGUGUCCCGUCAAGCGACAUAACCGGCAUGUCCAUCUAGCUACGUAUAAGUAGCAUGUCAUUUAUUUUACUUCCCACUAUAGAUCCAAUAUACCGUACGAAAUGGUGAAGUCAUCAUUCACGAAGCCGGCCAUACUUCCACCUCAGGUUUAUUCUAGGCAUUCAAAUACCCAGCCGUCUGCAAACUGAGACGACAUUUUCCGUCUACUACUAUAUUCGUCGCUCAACAAACGUCAGUAUUAACCCGCCAAAUCGCUGUGUAAUAUCCGUCAGAAGUUAUAUCACUACUAGCUCUCAAAAUGUCUGGACCAGGCAACCAGGCACUCAACAUCAAUAGUGUUGUCGCCCAACACGGCAAUCUCGAAAUCACCAAUCAUGGUUCCGAUUGGUAUUAUGCCGUCUGUGCCCUGAUGGGCAUCACUACUCUCGUUUUCAUGGGCUUAGCUUUCAUGAAACCUCAGGGUGACCGCGUCUUUCAUUAUAUUACUGCUGGGAUAACGGCCGUCGCCUGUAUCGCCUACUUCGCAAUGGGUUCCAAUCUCGGUCAAGUUCCUAUUCAAGCUGAAUUUGUUCGGCCGUAUAGUCGUUGGGGAGUUGGUUCAGCCGGAACUCGAGAAAUAUUUUACGCUCGAUAUCUUGAUUGGGUUAUUACUACACCUCUACUCCUUCUCGACCUUCUCCUUACUGCUGGAGUUCCUACGCCGACUAUUCUUGCUACACUCCUCGCUGACGAGAUCAUGAUCAUCACAGGCUUGAUCGGCGCUUUGACGCAGACUAGGUUUAAAUGGGGAUUUUGGGCCUUUGGCAUGCUCGCUCUGUUCUUCAUCGCUUAUGAACUAUUAUUUGAUGCGCGACGCCAUGCUUCAGUUCUUGGUGGGGAUGCGAAGAGGACAUUCCUAUUAUGCGGUAAUUUCCUCCUCUUCAUCUGGUUCUUGUACCCUAUCGCAUGGGGUCUCAGUGAAGGUGGUAACGUCAUCCAUCCCGAUGGCGAAGCAGUAUUCUACGGUGUUCUCGAUAUCCUAGCCAAGCCUGUCUUCGGCAUUCUUCUUAUCUGGGGUCAUCGCAGAAUCAGCACUUCACAGCUAGGCCUUCGCGUUCGAGAUCGUAGCCAUUUCGCAAGCGAAAAGUACAAUCCCGGUAACGCCCAACGCGACGGCGUACAUCCAGAGGGCCCUGGAGCGAACGUUGGACCCCCGACUGGUCAUCCCAUGGCUACACAUACCAAUGUAUAAUUGGCGCUACACUACGAACACAUUCAUAUGCUCGGAUUAGAUUUUUCCAACAUUUUCUAUUUCGAACUCACCACAAAUGGCUCGACACGGCCUAUGGCCCUAAACACACAAAAAUCUAUGAUUUUUUGCAAUAUAUAAUGUAUUAAUUAAU